AUGAGCGACAUCCGGCACUCGCUGCUGCGGCGGGGCGCCCCCCCCCCCCGGGACGCGCUGAGCGCCGCCAAGGAGGUGCUGUACCACCUGGACAUCUACUUCAGCAGCCAGCUGCAGAACUCGCCGCUGCCGCUCGUGGACAAGGGCCCCACCGAUCUGCUCGAGGAGUUCCUGUUCCAGGUCCCCAAGGAGCGCGGCGCGCCGCCCAAGAGACUAACUCCCCUUCAGGAACUUCAGCUCCUUGAGAUCAUGUGCAAUUAUUUCCAAGAGCAGACCAAGGAUUCGGUCCGGCAGGUCAUCUUUUCAUCUCUCUUCAGCCCCCAAGGGAACAAAGCAGAUGACAGCAGGAUGGCUUUGCUGGGGAAGCUGGUUUCCAUGGCAGUGGCUGUCUGCAGGGUCCCUGUGUUGGAGUGUGCUGCCUUCUGGCUGCAGCGCACCCCAGCCGUGUUCUGUGUCAGGCUGGCCCGAGCCCUGGUGGAUGACUACUGCAACCUGGUGCCAGGCUCCAUCCAGACCCUGAAGCAGAUCUUCACUGCCAGCCCUCGCUUCUGCUGCCAGUUCAUUACAUCAGUCACAGCUCUCUAUGACCUCUCUUCAGAUGACCUCAUCCCUCCCUCGGAUCUGCUGGAGCUGAUUGUCUCCUGGAUCUUUGAAGACCCUCGCUUGAUCCUCAUCACCUUCCUGAACACUCCCAUUGCAGCCAACCUGCCCAUAGGGUUUUUGGAGCUCACCCCGCUGACAGGACUGAUCCGCUGGUGUGUCAAGGCUCCCUUGGCCUACAAGAGGAAGAAGAAAGCCUCUCUCUCCAAUGGACACCCUCCCAGCAAAAUUGCCAAGGACUCGACUUCAGGAGAAGACAGGGAUUGCCACCAGCUCUAUUCCAAGCUGCAUCUGAGUGUCCUGCAGGUUCUUAUGAUGCUCCAGGGGCAUUUAACAGAGAAAAACCUUUAUGGGCGCCUGGGGCUGGUACCCUUUGACCACGUGGUUCCUCUGGUGGAGGACAUUAACAGGUUGUCUGAUGAACUCAAUCCUCUCAAUGCAUCCAAAGAGAUUGAACUUGCUCUGGACAGGCUGGCUCAGGCUUUGCAAGUGGCCAUGGCAUCAGGAGCUCUCCUGUGCACCAGGGAUGACUUGAGGACUGUGUGCUCCAGGCUACCACAUAACAACCUGCUCCAGCUGGUGAUUUCGGGCCCGGUGCAGCAGCCGACGCACGGGGCUCUGCCCCCAGGCUUCUACCCGCACAUCCACACGCCGCCGCUGGGGUACCCCGCGCACCCGGCGCUGCCCGCGCUGCCCGCGCACCCCGUGCAGACCUUCAUCCCGGGAAUGACAUUCCCGUACCGCCCCAUCCGCCAGCCCCAUGAAAAAAAGGGUUCUUCCUACACAUCAGAGGUGGUGACAAAGACCUCUGCUGCUGCUGUCCUCGUUUCUACCUCGUAUUUCUUUGAAGGACUGAGGGAAACUUCCGGCCAGGUGACCCAGGGGCCUGACCAGCCCCACCUCCUGUUUCCCAAGCGCCUGCGCUCAAGGACGCCCCUUAAUUACCGCUCCCUUAAUUACCGCUCCCUUAAUUACCGACAGCGUUCCCCGCUCGGCGCCGCCCACGUGGCCUCAGGGGACCGGCGUGUGCGCACGCGCAGUGUCGUGGUCACGUGUCCCGCCGCCAGCCAAUGGCGAGGCGCGUUACUGCGCGGUGCCCCGGUUGAGGAAGUGCCGCCGGUGCCCGUGCCCAGCGCUCCCCCGUCCGGUUCCGCCUCCCGGGAUGUGCUGAGGGCGCGUCCGCCGCCCCUCCCAGGUGAGCGGGGAAGGGUUCGGGCGGGGUCUCUGUGGUGGGCGAGGGGGCUGGCGUUGUCACGGUGUUAUCGCCCGGGACGGGCCCGGGCCCGGCGCAGUCGCCAUGGCAACCCCGGCCCCCCGCCCUUGGGCCGCACCGGCUCCGGGGCGCUCGGGAUGUGCUCCAGGCCUUCCCGGUAA